AUGGGGACGUUUCGCAACCCGUCGUUGAUGCUGGCCACGGCGUGGAGCCAGCGCGUCCACGUGUGCGACCGCGUCGUGUACGUCGAGUGGCGGCAGCGGCCGCCGGCGUCGUGGUGGCCGUUGCGCCGCCUCGUGCCGUACGAGCUCCAGCUCCCUAAUUCGCUGAGCCUUAGCUACGUGGUGCGCACCGCUGGCGCUGUCGACACGGCAUCCAAGGCGCUGCCACGCGACCACUCGCUCUGCAUUUCGCUGAUGGUCGACGCGCAGGCGCGCCGGGCCAUGGCCAUUUGCAUCAUCGGAGCGUGGCGCGUCCUGUAUCACAGCGCGACGGCGGCCGUCGCCCACGCGCCAUUCGACCAUUUGCACUUGCCGCCCGACCCGUUUUCGUCGACGCCAACGUUUCCACUGCAUGCGCUCGACUGGCUACGGGGCCUCGAGAAGGCGGCCAGUCUCGGCUUUGUCUCGGCGAGCCUCGAUGUCGACGAGUACGAGCGCUGCGCGAGCGCUGCGAAUGGCGCCAUCACGUGGUCGUGCAAGAAACUGGCCGUCUUCCAGCCGUCGUCGCCCGCGUUAAGCCCGUACGUUCCCUAUUUUCAAAAGCACAAUACUCGCGUCGUGAUUGCGCUGGAGCGGCCGACGUGCGUCGACGUUGUCGGCGUCGAGCAGUACCUCGACAUGACGUGCGAAGGCGAGUCGUGGGACUCGCUCUUCAACCGGUUCCUCGAGGCGGUCGAGAGCAGUCACGGCACGGUCGCGAUCCACUGCAGCUCGGGCUUGCACCGGUCGCAGACGUGCGUCGGCGGCUUCCUCAUGCGCACCUACGGCUUCUCGGCGCGCCAAGCGAUUGCAUGGAUACGCCUCGUGCGCCCGGGCUCGCUCGCGCCAUCCCACGUGCACGCGCUCGAGGCGUGGGAGCGCGUCUGGUCGGGCAAGUCGCCGCCGGAAAUGGAGUCGGCGCUCACCGUGCACAUUGGCUCGAUGACGCUCGGCACGAGUCUCUUUGCCAAGGACGGUGGCAAAACCAAGAAGCGGCGGGACUCGAUGAAGCCACUCACGCCCCUCGAGAGCUCCGACUUGGUGGCACCGCGCUCGAUUGUACGCAUCGGGUCAACGCCGAAUCGGUCCCGACUGCGCUUAUGACCAAGUCUGUCAUCCAUUUUCCGU